UGACGUGUUCAGCCUGCGACGGGUAUGCUCCAACUUUUGCUGUGUAAUCCGAACAGGUGAAGCUCCAACGCGGUUUCGACGUCUCCGUUUCCCCACAAUAAUCCACAUUUUGCUUUUUGGACAACAUGGAAUAUUUAAUCGGGAUUCAGGGGCCGGAUUAUGUGCUCGUCGCUGCUGAUAAUGUUGCUGCCAGCAGCAUCAUUCAGAUGAAACACGACUACGACAAGAUGUUCAAGCUGAGUGAGAAGAUUCUUCUGCUGUGCGUGGGAGAGGCAGGAGACACGGUGCAGUUUGCCGAGUACAUCCAGAAGAACGUUCAGCUCUACAAAAUGAGGAACGGUUAUGAACUGAGUCCGUCAGCAGCAGCUAACUUCACACGGAAGAACCUUGCAGACUAUCUACGGAGCAGGACUCCAUACCACGUCAACCUGCUGCUGGCAGGCUACGACGAAUCCGACGGUCCCGGCCUCUUCUACAUGGACUACAUGGCCUCCCUGGCCAAGGCCCCCUUCGCCGCCCAUGGAUACGGAGCCUUCCUCACUCUGUCCAUCAUGGACAGAUACUACAGACCAGAUCUGACCCGAGACGAAGCCAUGGACCUGCUGAAGAAGUGCAUCGAAGAGCUGAACCGACGCUUCAUUCUGAACCUGCCCUCCUUUAACGUCCGUCUGAUCGACAAGGACGGCGUCCAUGACUUGCAGAAGAUCACCCUCGGUACCAAGUGACCGCUCCCCCACAACCAGCCCUCCCUCUCCAGUUUUUGUACCGAUGACCUUUGUUCUGUUUCUGUUCCAAUAAAAAAUCACCCCCAGUAGA